AUGUCCAUUACCAAGCAUGAAGAAGCCCAUGUUAGGCAGCAGGAGCCUCUCAGUGAGGUUUUAAGGGCGCCCUUUGAGGAAGUGAAGGAGAGACCAGUUGAUAGACCUCGCAUAGUUACAAGAGAAUCUAACGUAAAUGUCACCAGCCUUGGCAACGUCAAUGUCGGUGCUUCAUUACGAGAGAACACUCACACUCCCCCAGUACACCCUGGUCAAGAGCCAAUGACCUUGCGUAAUCCUCAACGAAAUCUUUGGAGAGUCGUAGCUGUAAGUCUCUGGUCGGCUUGUGGAGGUUUCUCAGAUGCCGCUCCAGGAGCACUUUUGCCCUCAAUGGAGGCUCACUACAAUAUCAGCUACUCUGUGGUGUCCCUUAUUUGGAUGUCUAAUGCAGUGGGGUUUAUCAUAGUUGCCUGCUUUUCUCAUAAGAUCAUCCCUUGGUUUGGGAAGCGGUGGUCUAUUACUUACGGAAUCUGCCUGUCGGUGAUCGGCUACUCCUGUAUUGCGAGUGGAGGACCGUUCCCACUUAUCUGUAUUGGAUUCUUCUUUGGAGGAGUUGGUUUAGCCACCGUUUUGGCACAGUCAAAUGUCUUUCUAUCAAAGCUUGACAAGCAGUCGAAAUAUUUAGCAUUGUUUCAUGCGUGUUAUGGUGCUGGAGCCACAAUAUCUCCUCUCGCAGCUACCAGUAUGGUAAAUAACGGGAUGAAUUGGAACUAUGUGUAUCUUAUUUUGCUUGCGUUAAUGGUAGUCAAUUCAUUCAAUGCCAAUCUUGCAUUUAAGGGCGCCGAAGAGGACUUGAAGCCAUGGGACCAUGAUGACGAGGCUGAGCACUUAAUAAGCGGGUCAAGGGAGGAAGAGGGCAUCGAGCUUGAGGAAGUACACAGUUUGGAACACAGAGAAGCACAGCGUCGUGUCAAUACGAAUAAACAAAGUGACAUGAUCUUAGCCUUGAAGAAUGUUCCUACGUGGUUUAUUGCCCUUUUUGUGUUCUGUUAUCAAGGAUCCGAGGUCUCUCUUGGAGGCUGGAUUGUCACUUACCUUUUAGACUACCGUGGUGUUAAUGCUAGUUAUGGUUACGUCCUGUCAGGAUUUUGGGCAGGAUUGACUAUCGGAAGACUUGUUUUGACACGUCCUCUUCACACGAAACUUGGCCUCAGAAAGAGUAUCAUUAUUUUGGCUGUUUUUGCAAUUGCAAUGAUAGUGUUGUCAUGGGUAGUGCCAAAUGAGAUCGCUGUGGGUGUAUUUGUCGGUCUUGGUGGUUUGGUUAUCGGCCCCACCUAUCCCUUAAUGAUCACAGCUGUAUCGUUUAUCGUCCCGAGAAAAAUUCAGGUUGUAAGUUUAACGAUUAUGACUGCCUUUGGCUCCAGUGGAGGUGCUAUCCUUCCAUUCAUAACCGGUCUUAUCGCACAAAGUCAAGGUGCGUACGUUGUUUUACCUAUUUUCAUCGCUACUUAUAGUGUGAUGUUAAUAUUUUGGUUAUUGUUACCUAAUGUGGAGCGUAAACCUGACCAGCCUGGUGAUGGCAAGUUAAGAAGGUUUAUGCGUCGUGUGUGGUAA